CCUGGCCCAACGUAACUCAUCAUUUAUUUGUCCUUUCAAUUGAGGUUGUUGGUGUAGUGGUGUCAACCUUGGAGCGUGGUCUGGCUCGUAAAUAUUUGUCCAAGUAUCCUGGAAAACGAAUGCAUUAUCAGGUUGGCAGUAUAUAUCUGGAUAAAGUUCAAAAACCGCCGACAGGUACAUUUUACAAUUUUGACUGUACAACGUCUGUGAUAUGAAGAUGUCAGGAAUUGGCUGCAUUUUUUGAACAAGGAACCAGAGGACAAUAACUCAUGGCUUUAGUCCUUUCUACUUUGAACAAAAAUCUAUUUUAUCAAUCUUGACAGAAAGGUCCUUUUGGGAUAGCCCCGUUUUGGUGUUAUCCUUUCUUACUUUAAUUUAAUUGAGAUUUAGACUUAACUUUGUUGCAACUAAGGUUGAAAGAUGAUUAAGGAGUAUAAACCAAUUGUACAAGCCCUAUUAGGCACCUGUUUUACAUGGGCUGUAACUGCUGCUGGUGCUUUGAUGGUUAUUUUCUUCAGAGGAACCCAGCCAAAAUUAUUGGAUACUAGUUUGGGGUUUGCUGCUGGUGUAAUGACGGCAGCAUCUUAUUGGUCCCUGCUCGGUCCUGCUAUUGAAAUGGCGAAGGAGUCCAACGUAUAUGGAGCAAGUGGCCAAUAUGCAUUUAUUCCAGCGUGCCUUGGAUUUCUACUUGGAGCAUCAUUCACAUUUGCAGCAGAUGUUUUGAUUUCAAAAAUGGGUAUUGAAUCACCCAAUUUAUUACUAGUGUCGGAUAUCAGUGUUGAAGGGGGAACUGGUACAAUCACGAGAAGAAGAGUAACAACACAGAGUCGGCACAGGCAUCCUACGCUUCCUCAGGUAGACCUUCGACUGCAGUGGAAGAGGAUAUUACUUCUUAUUAUUGCUAUAACAGUACAUAACAUUCCUGAGGGACUGGCUGUUGGUGUAGGAUUUGGAGCUAUUGGAACUUCAUCGUCUGCAUCAUUUUAUAAAGCCAGAAACUUGGCGAUUGGAAUAGGAAUACAAAAUUUCCCCGAGGGCCUAGCGGUUAGCCUUCCAUUGAAAGCCGCAGGCUUCUCCACCAUGACUGCCUUCUGGUACGGCCAGCUGUCGGGGAUGGUGGAGCCUAUCUUCGGGCUGAUCGGGGCCCUACUGGUGACCGCGGCGGAGCCCCUCCUUCCGUACGCCUUGGCCUUCGCCGCGGGGGCCAUGAUAUACGUCGUAGUCGACGACAUCAUCCCGGAGGCCAACACCAAAGGUAACGGUUGCCUGGCGAGCUGGGGUGCCAUAUGCGGCUUUAUGGUGAUGAUGGUCCUGGAAGUAGCACUGCAGUAAUACCACCUUGUCAUCCGCCAUUUUGUAAAGAAACUGCGAUCCCGGCAAUAAAUACUUAUAUAAAAUAAAAUGUUAGUUUUAGUUUACAAUUGUUUAAUAUUUAAAAAAAAAAUAUUAUAUUUAUAUUUUUGAGGAAUUUUUAUUUAUUCUAUUCUUUUUUUUC